GCUUUGGGCUUUCUGCUGUUCUUUGCUUUUUUAUUGUCAACUUACGCCCACCAAGAGAUCACAGAGGGUCACCGGCUAGACAAGAAUAUGGUCCAGGAUAAAGAGUGAGUAUCAUUCACAUCAUGGAGCACCUGGAAGGCGUCAUAGAAAAGCCAGAGUCGGACAUGACGCCUCAGGAGCUGCAGCUGCAUUACUUCAAGAUGCACGAUUACGACGGCAACAACCUACUUGACGGAUUGGAGCUGGCGACCGCGAUCUCGCACGUGCACAAGGAGGAGAGAGGAGCAAACAGUCAGCCGAUGAAAGAGGAAGAUCUCAUCAGUUUAAUAGACGACGUUCUUAGAGAUGACGAUAAAAACAACGAUGGCUACAUCGACUAUGCGGAGUUUGCAAAAUCCCUGGAGUAACAAGUUGGUGGAGGCGGCGAUCGAGUGGUGAAAUUUGUUCCAAUGCACAGCAGCCUUGCAUUUUGAAAUCUCGGAAAGGCAGCAAGUUAAUGCAACUUAAUUUUUGCAGUUAAUCCAUAGGAGCUAGUGCAGUUUGAUUCAGUGGUUUGCGCUAGCUGAAAUACCAGCAGAAACAUUCACUUAAUCUAGUAUACUGCCAAACAUGUCGUCUUUGUGCAAUAAAGUGCUGUAACAAUUUAUUGAAAUACUGGUGUUAAUGAAACUGUUUUGCGAUAGCAAGUCUGUGAAUUUAGGGGGUGUUGGCAUUUAUACUGUGUUAUCGCAGGACUUGUCGCCAUCUGUAUAGUCGUUAGCAUACGCUGAACAAUACUGGCAGGAAAAUGUGGAAGACGUGUUGCAUAUGCCGAUCUUAACUAGGACCGUUGUGAAAUUUAACAAUCAUGACCACCAAGUUUUACUAGUAAGAUCAGAUAUAUGUUAAAGGACCUGCGAUCAGAUAUGGCGUGUUUGCUGCGUGUUCCGUCCGGCUGUCAACUGCGGAACAGGACUCAGCUACACAUUCUUGCCACUAGAUGGCAGUGUACUAUACUAACCAUUACAGUUCAGUGGCGGUUUUUGGCACUUAAGUGGUGACAAUAUAUGGGGAGUUAUUUAUAUUUUUAAAUGCUUCUCUGCAAUCGCUGUGACAAUGCGAAACGAGACGGUCAGCUUGGUGCGUCGUACUUUGUCGCAUAACUGGGUUAACUUGACAUGGAAAGCAGGACCACUGUGUUUUAAAAUAGACGCAUGAUGUUGCAUUUGAGUACCAGUUAUGGUGUAAACUACACAUAUCAAUGUUGCUGUUCAUGCAAUAAGCCUUCGAGAAUAAUUCUGUCAUUUGUAAAAAAAAAAAAAAAAAAUAGUUUUCUACAGUAUAACCAAAACAGUUUGUUACAGUAAAUAUAUUUUCAGGUAGUUUCAUUUUUUUCUGAUUUCACAGUGAAACUGGGCUACAUUAAAAAACUAUAAACUGUAAACUGAAAUGUGACAUUGUAUGUAGGAAAUGUCAGUGUUUUGUGUAAAUCACAGUUGCAAUAAAAGGUCAGCUAUCAUAUAAUCUGUCAUCUAUCAUAAUUCAUGGUGCUUUUUAAAUCACCUGCAUUUUAAUGGACCUUAAAUACAGUACCUCAAAAGUCCCAGACGCAUUACAGUCCACAUUGGUCUGACGUGACGUAUGUUCUUCACCCUGAAAAGGAACUGUUCACCAAGUGUUUUCAGUCCUGUAUGGACUUCCAAGGAGAAUUAUUAUAAAUUUAUUUUGUCAAAUACAUCUAUGUUAUUUUUAGCAAGCGCAAAUGGCAAAAUACAGAAGAAAUAAAAUAAAGAGUGUAACGACAACAUCA